ACAUUUCUAUAUAAAGAUAUUGGUUAUAUUCAUUCGCGCCCAAACGUCAAUAAUAAUCAACAGAACGUGGACGGUGAAAACACAUGGACCACAGAGGAACCUCUGGCACUCUUGUUGUAGUACAUUCUAUCACGACGAUCCCAGCACGACCUACCGUUCUAUUGUGGUUGUAGUGUUUAUGUGAAGACCAAACUCAUAACUCAUAUCGAACUGUACUGUAAUACACUUAAAUCUACACGAGCAACAAUGACGGUGUCCGUGCAAGUCCGGCCAAUCUCUACCGUGGAAUUGAGGCAUUUCCUGGCAGGUGAAGCCGGUGAGUCUCGCGUCUUGCUCGUGGACUCUCGGCCAUUAUUGCAGUUCAACGAGAACCACAUCACCGGCGCUCAUAACAUUCACUGCCCUACGAUUCUCCGGCGUCGAUCGAAAGGCCCACUGGCAAUGGACUUCAUUGUGACCUGCCCUGAAACAAAAGCUGAAUUAUUGGCAAGUUUAUUCUCGACUGUUGUUGUGUACGAUGACAUGACAAUUGAGGUAGACCCAACAGCGGAGAGAAACAACAAUGAUUUGAUGUUGGUUUUAGAAUCUCUUUUGCACGCACCUUUCAGCCAUCUUACUACAGAAAUUACAUUUCUUCAAGGUGGCUUCAAUAAAUUCAGCUCGGAGUAUUCCUCGUUGUGCACAGCAUCUUCAAUCCAGUCUAAGCCACCCACCGAAGCAGCAGCAGCAACAGCAGCAGCAGUAGAGCCUCCUGCCGCCGUUGUCCCACCCUCACUACGCCUACAGCGUCUCACGAGGUGCGCCACUGUACCUCUCGUACCAACCUCAGCGAAUGAAACCUCAAUACCAGCCCGUACCAUCCCGAUCCACACCGAGGGUGAACCGGUCCAGAUCCUCCCUCAUCUGUUUCUUGGGAACGCCUUCCACGCAGCUCGGCGAGACCUCCUUGAAGUCCAUGGAAUCACGGCUGUGCUGAACGUCUCUCGAUGUGUUCCGAACUACUUCAUGAAUGAUGGCGCGAUCACAUACAAGAGCAUACCUGUGGAUGAUGAUAACGAGGCUGAUCUGUUGUCAUGGUUUCCUGAUGCCAUUGAUUUCAUAAAUGCUGUCCAACAUGCUGGUGGCUCUGUCCUGAUUCAUUGUCGAGCUGGUAUAAGUCGCUCAGCCACCGUCUGUCUCGCCUAUCUCAUGAAGGUUCAAUCCAUGCGACUAGAGGAAGCCUUUGAGUUCGUUCGCAGUCUCCGCAAAGUCAUCUCUCCAAACUUCUCAUUCAUGCUACAACUUCUGAAGUACGAGGCCGAACUGAAACAGCAGCGGGACAACCCCCUCCAGCUGCCGGGCAGAGACUGUCAGACGCCCCAUGACUUUAGGAAGUCACUGCCGGUGCUUUUCCCCGGUGCCAGGAGGACCCGGAGUGCAUCCCUCCCGUGUCUGGUCCCAGCCUCUGAUAAACCACGACACCAAGUGCCGCAGCCAAAAUGUCCGUCCGUAUUUAAUUUUGCAAUAGCGCCCUCUUGUGGUUGGCAACACCCUGACCAUGGACAGGGCGCCAAACCAAUUUGUUCGCCAUCUUAGGAACAGAGAGAGACAACCAUUAUAAGUAAAUUGUAUAUUUUGUAUAUUGUAUAAAAGUUGAUGUGUUUAACUCAAGAGAUAACUUAUUCAUGAUAUUUUUCACAUUUUAAAGUCAGAAUAAAGUGUUUUGUAUAAAACAGACCCAGUGUGAUUGAUAAAGUCAAAAUCCAGUAUUAUAAGAUUAACUAUAAGCUAUUGUCACAAACAAGCUAUUUUUAUUUCCUAAACAUGGUGUGAAGUGAGCGAUUGUUAACAAAUUUUGAAGUUUUUACAGUAAAUGUUAUUAUGUGGUUGUUUUUUAAGCUAGUUUUUAAAUUUUUCACAAUAUACACCCACCCAAGUUCACAUUCAGAUCUGAUCCAAUGAUAGUAUAUACUGUUUCCAUCGACUAUGCCAUCGACCCUUCAAAAUGACUGUAUAAUAAUUAUAGUAAGUAUUCCUGACAACUCGGACCAUUCAGACAGUCCCUGCUGCACUUAUUUACAAUGUGGAAAUGUCAGUUUACACCAAUCAAUCAGCAUUUUUUCAAACCGCUGUGUUGUUCUGUGAACUUUUACACUAAGUUCACUCAUUUUCCCUGUCAUAAAAACAGGGUCUAUAUACACGUAGCAGAUUAUUCGGGUCAUAAAAUGACAUGAAAAAGAUAGUUUUUUUUUUUCACAGCGAGUUUUCGAACAGUUUCGAACAGAUGACAAGCAGGAUACUAUUUAGUCACAAUGGUAUGAAAUGAUAUCUUGGAUGGUUACCGUAUUAUAAUAAGCUCUUUAAAAUCAAUAUACCAGGGCCGUAAGCACCUCUUGUAACAGAGAGUGGCAUUUUGAAGUAGAAUAUAACUUUAUAACUUCAUAAUGUUGGGGAAGAAGGGCAAGACAAUUUGGGCGGGCGCUUUGUUUACAUCUCAUUUUAAUAUUAUUUACAUCUUUGUUCCGUCGUGUAUUUUUACAGUGAAAGUAUUACCCUUUAUUUAUUUAAACCUAAUAUAAUUUUGUUGUUAAGGUUUUGUAUGUAUUUUGUGCAAUUUGUUACACAUUUAUUAUACAUUUGUACACUAUUUGUAAGAAACCAAGUCGACUUGCCACUUUUGCUAUAUAUGCCGUUUUUAAGCACGUUGUGACGUCAUCAAGUUGGAGUGUUCCGGAGCUCCUGUUUUGUAAAUUUUUUGUGUUUUAUUAAUUAGCAAAAUAUUCGUUUAAUUUAUGCUGAAAAGUGAGAUUGUAUUUUGAUGUCGGCGGCUUUUUGAUGCCGGCGACUGUUUCAUGUUCCAUUCAAAAUAAACAUCGAAUGUUAAAGUAUUAUUAA